AUGGAGCACAAGCUGCGCUGGGUGCCGGAGGAUCUUCCAGCCAAUGCCACCACUGUCCUGCUGGACUACAACCGCAUUGCUACCCUCCAGAACCACACCUUUGUCAUCCAGGGCGCCCUGCGCCACCUCAGCCUUCGGAGCAACAUCCUCGGCGUCAUCCACUCCCAGGCCCUGGCUGGCCUUAGUGAGCUGCGAGAACUGGACCUGAGUGGGAACUACCUGAUUGUCCUGCAACCCAAUACUUUCCUCCCCGUGCCGAGCCUGAGGAUGCUGAACCUGGGGAACAACAAGCUCUUGACGCUGGAGCCAGAGCUGCUCGGGUCCUUGCCCCACCUCGAGUCUCUGUCUCUGCAGGGCAAUGCACUCGUCUCACUCUCGUCCGACCUCUUCAGCAACCUGCCUUCCUUGCACUUCCUCAGGCUGCACAACAACCCCUGGGGGUGCACCUGCGCCAUCCACCCCCUCUACCAGUGGCUCACUGACAACGUGGAGAAAGUCCCAGAGGUGGACUCUGUCUCUUGCAAACGCCCCACACAGCUCACCCAACAUCCCAUCGCUGCUAUUGGGAACGAGUCCUUUGCUCACUGCCGGGAGCCCUGGCUGCACGUAAAAGAUUAUGCUUUCUUCCUGCUCAUUGGCCCGUCCACCUUCUUAGCCAGCAUCUGCACCUGCAUCCUCUUCGGCUUGCUAGCGGUGGCCCAAGCAAAGAUCCUCAAGGUGUCGUCCAUCCGGCCAGGUACCCUGGCAAGGCGUGCAGAGCGUGGUCCUCGCUAG